UCUGCCUACUGUCUUUUUGACAUAAUGUUGCAUGGACUAUGAAUGAGUUUCUAUUGAUGUCGGUGUAAAAUUCGAUUUUUCGAAUACACAAUUUUUUUACUGCGUGUAAAUACUAGAUAAAGUAGUUCCCUGAUAAAUAUAAUAAAAAGUGAUUUUCAGAAAUGCAUUCGUGUCGACAGUUAUUGUAUAAUACAGCGCGUUGGAAAUGUGCAAUACCCAUAAACAUCAAACAUACAGUUUUAACUAAAUCGGACCAUUUAACAUUUCAAGAAUGCCGGCACUACUCUGCGAGAAAGGGCUUCUUCUCGUCAAUAAUCGAGAAUAUAAAAGAGGACAUUGCCAAGAACAAGGAAAUGAAGGAGAACAUCAAGAAGUUCAGAGAAGAAGCACAGAAGUUGGAAAAUUCCGAGGCGUUGCAGGCAGCCAGAAAAAAGUUUCAUGCUGUCGAGUCCGAGGCGUCCAAGAGUUCAGAAGUCCUGAAGGAGACGAUAGAAGGCAUCAAGGGCAGGAUGGAACAUGUCCUGGAGGAGGCCAGCAAGUCCGAGAUCGCCAGGAAAGCAGGUAAAAUAACAGAGGAUAUAUCGAAGUCUGCGAAGGGUGCGGCGGAGAGUAUAGCCGACAAGGGGCAGAAACUCGGACAGACAUCCGCCUUCAGGACCAUAUCACAGGCGACUGCGGUGGUGAAGGACGAGAUGUCGCCGCGCGGGCUGGACGGCCGCGUGUACACGGCGCCGCCCGCGCUCCGGAAGCGGGUCGAGGUGGCUUCUGAAGACCGAACAUUCGCGCCGGACACGGAAACGGUGGGCGUGGAACUCCACCGAGACUCCAAGUUCUACCAGCAGUGGGAGGACUUCAAGAACAACAACCAAUAUAUAAAUAAAGUGUUAGAUUGGAAGAUAAAAUACGAGGAGUCAGACAACCCCGUGCUGAGAGCGUCCCGCUUCGUCACCGAGAAAGUGGGCAGUCUGUUCGGGAACAUAUUCGAGAAGACGGAACUGUCCAAAACUCUGACGGAAAUAUGCAAAGUGGACCCCGCUUUCACAUCGCACAAGUUCCUGGAGGACUGCGCCAACGAUAUCAUACCGAACAUUCUGGAGGCUAUGGUCCGCGGCGAUUUGGAUAUACUUAAGGAUUGGUGCUACGAAGGCGUAUACAACAUCCUGGCCACCCCCAUCAAGCAAUGCAAGCAGUUAGGAUACCAUCUAGACUCGAAAAUCUUGGACAUCGAACAAAUUGAACUGGUCAUGGGCAAAAUGAUGGACCAGGGGCCAGUUCUAGUCAUCACAUUCCAAUCCCAGCAGAUCAUGUGCGUUCGGGACUCUCAGAACAGGGUCAUAGAGGGUGACCCCGAUAAGGUCAUGAGGGUGAAUUAUGUCUGGGUGUUGUGUAGAGACCCCCAGGAAUUGAACCCUAAAGCGGCGUGGCGAUUGUUGGAACUAUCUGCAAAUAGUGUAGAACAGUUAAUUUAGGCGUAGUUGUAAACAUAGCCGAAUUAUAUAGUCGAUCGAUUUGUAAUCGUUUCUGUAGAUUUCUCCGCCGGUUUGACGUCCUCGCUGUGAUUAGGAAAAUAGAGAUUUUGUCGUCUAAAUGUGUUUUUUUAAAUAGGGUUUAAUCAAGAGAUUGGGUGAAAGUAUUUGAUAUUAGUGUUUUAUAUAACUCUGAAUAUAAAUAAUGCUUUCAUAUAAAGUUGAAUGCGGAACUUGAAAUGUGUGGAAGGUAAAUAUUUCUGAGAUAGAUAACAUGUUCAAUUUUUACGUAUUUUGACCUGAUAUUGAUUGACUCUUAAAAUAAAAUUAGACGAUGAAUCAAAAUCUGAAAGUGAUCGUAGCGAUGACGUCAUUGAACCUGUAAAUAUGACUAUCCGAAACAUAAACAGAAGUGUUAUCAUUUUACGUUCAGCAAUUUCAUACUGUAACAGUUUUUUUUUGCAAGAAUUUGUUACGUUUCAGUUUUAUUGCUUGGCGAACUAUGAAUGUUAAAAAUGAGAGAUAACAAAAAUAUUUAGACUGAAACUCGCAUGUUUGAAGUUCUCUGAGCGUUUUACGUUUUGAACAGCCAUUUAUGUUUAUUUUUUAUGUAUUAGUUUGUUUUUUAUAUUUAUUAAUUGUUUAAUAAAUACUUUAUUUGUUUUAGUCA